UUGUUUUCGAAGAGCGUGGGAUUGUUUCGUUGCUUUGGUGGUAUAAUAAAAUAAAACCGUCGAAAUCGUUUGGGUAGCGAAGCGAGAUCGAUGAUGAAGGGAGGAGGAGGAACAACGUCGAUGAGGACGAGCUGGACGAUGUCAGUACGGAGGAGCGGGUACAAGGCUGUGCUUGACGGAGUUGGUGGUCGUCGGCGAAGAGAGGACGACAUGGUUGAGAUACGCAAAGCUAAGAAAGAAGAGAGUUUGCUUAAGAAGCGUCGGGAGUCUCUUCCUCAUUCUCCUUCCGCCGUUUCUCUUGAUCAGAAGUUGAUAAGCCGUAUUUGGUCUGACAAGAGGGAUCUGUUGAUUGAGGCUACUACUCAGAUCAGAACGUUACUUUGUGGUGAAAUGUUUAAUUUACACGUUGAAGAAGUUAUACAGGCUGGUUUGGUUCCACGCUUUGUGGAAUUCCUGACAUGGGAUGACUUUCCUCAGCUUCAGUUUGAAGCGGCUUGGGCAAUAACUAAUAUUGCAUCUGGAACAUCUGAGAACACUGAAGUGGUGAUUGAUCAUGGAGCGGUUGCGAUGCUAGUGAGACUUCUCAGCUCACCAUACGAUGGGGUCCGUGAGCAGGUUGUCUGGGCAUUAGGAAAUAUUUCUGGAGACUCUCCUAGAUGCCGUGAUAUAGUCCUUGGACAUGCAGCUCUACCUUCUCUAUUGUCGCAGUUAAACCAUGGAGCCAAACUUUCUAUGCUUGUAAACGCCGCUUGGACUUUGUCUAAUCUUUGCAGAGGAAAGCCUCAGCCUCCAUUUGAUCAAGUGAGUGCUGCAUUACCAGCUCUUGCACAACUCAUUCGAUUAGAUGACAAUGAACUCUUGGCUUAUACGUGUUGGGCACUGGUCUAUCUCUCUGAUGGUUCAAAUGAAAAAGUACAAGCCGUGAUAGAAGCCAAAAUUUGUGCGCGACUAAUUGGUCUUUCGGUCCACCGUUCACCUUUAGUUCUCAUUCCCGCUCUUCGCACCAUUGGAAAUAUUGUAACUGGAAAUGAUAGUCAAACUCAGCAUAUCAUUGAUCUUCAAGCGCUCCCAUGCUUGUUAAAUCUUCUAAGGGGAUCCUAUAACAAGACCAUCAGGAAGGAAGCUUGUUGGGCAGUCUCUAAUAUCACCGCUGGUUGUCAGUCGCAGAUUCAGGCUGUAAUUGAUGCUGGUAUAUGUCCUGCACUUGUUAAUCUGCUCCAAAACUCUGAACUCAAUGUCAAGAAUGAGGCUGCCUGGGCUAUCUGCAACGCUAUAGCUGGAGGAUCUUACAAGCAAAUCAUGUUUCUAGUAAAGCAAGAAUGCAUCAAACCGUUGUGCGAUCGUCUUACAUCCUCAGAUACUCAACUCGUCAUGGUUUGUUUAGAAGCACUCGAGAAAAUACUGAAGGUGGGAGAAGUUUUCAGCACAAGAAACGCUAAAGGUAUUUACCAAUGUCCUCAAACAAAUGUAAACCCACAUGCUCAGCUGAUAGAAGAGGCUGAGGGACUGGAGAAAAUCGAGGGCCUGCAAUCUCACGAGAACAAUGAGAUCUACGAAACAUCGGUGAAAAUUCUAGAAACAUACUGGACGGAGGAAGAAGAAGAAGAAGGAGUUCAAGGGAAACAAGACAUGAUAUAUGUCCCACUUGACAACUUUGCAAACAUGCCAACACCCUCAGGCACUCUCAGUGAGAUGUACUGCGGACCUUAAGAGGACAGGCAGCUUUGGCAAUCAUACAUUCAGCUCUGUUCAUACACUAACUGAAAAUGGAGGUUAGAGAUUACAUUGCUUGCUUUCUAUAGUAAUGACAAUGUUGGUCAGGAGUAGUAGUAGUUUGUAUUCUGGAACAAACCUUACAGUUCUAUAUUAUCUUCUGUCCAUAGAUCCUCAAAAAUCAUAAUUAAUAUCAUCUUUACAUGUAAAUAAACCAUUAUAAACUCGUUAAAAC